ACUCUGUUCAAGUCUUCUACAUUACCGACUUUUCAUUGUGUUGGUUCCUGUCUUGACUGUUUUGCCCAGUUCUCGUCGUGUUCUACAACGAACAAACAGUCGUGACAGGAACCAACAGUCGAAGCACUUGAUGUAGAAGCACUUGAGAACAACAAUGUGCUAAAAAAUGUUCAUUUUUCAUUGGAAUAGCACCAUUAGGCCCAUACAGGACGUUGAGCACAUACUGAUGUGUUGAUUUGUGACUAUGUUUCGCAAUGUUAGAUCUUAAAAUUAUUAUGUAAAGACGUAAUGAUUUAGGUGUGAUUCCUUUUAUAAUCACACCUAUUUUUCUAUGGUAUUGUUAAUGUGCAUCCACCUUUAAUUUUAUAUGGUAAAAGAUAUGUUAUUAAAUUCUGAAAUUUCAUCUUUUAUUGUUGUAAUAUCAAUACUGUCUUUCUUUCCUAAAGAUAUUAAAUAGGUUUUAUGACAAAUCAUAGACCUUAAAAAAGACCAUUUCCUAGAAUUGUAAAACAAAAUACUUUUUAAUGAAAGAAGCGUGUGUGUCGUUGCGUUGCAAAAUAUAAUUAUCCACCUUGUUAAAAUUGCAUUUUAGCUCUCCCUAAAAAUGCCCUCUAAAACACUGUGAUGGUUGAAGUGAAGGAAAGUGGAGACAAUUUGGAUGUCUUUCCCCAUGGAUGUGAAAGAAAUAUGAAAUGGUUGUUAACAGAAGACUCAAUCAUUUGUCAUGCUUAUCAAUUCUAUUGCUGAUUUUAUGCCCAAGAGGUGAUUCAGUGGAUUUCAGUGGCGCCAGUGAAUACUUGCAGAAGCGCGAUUCAGUGGAGUCUCUGGUGCGAGAAUGGGCUCCAUUGGUAUGGUUGGCGCCAGGUGAAAAAUUCUUACCGAGUGCCGUCACAGAUUUUCUCCAUCAUGUCCAUGCGGAAAAGUCACGUGCCAAGGACAAAACAAAGACCUCCGUGACACAAUCAAUGCCAGAUGUUCAUCAAGGAAUACAGGGAGAUACAAAUAUCCGGAGAAAUGGACAAGAUGCAUGGGAUAGACGCAAUCAGAGAACUUUUCGCGGCGAAAACCUCCUUGUGGACUACAUCAUAGAUAUGCCAGUGGGAGAAAAAUCGGAAAAUUGGUUUCUGGUCACAAAUGAUGACAUUGAGGACCUUCUGGACAAUGAUUCAUCGUUCAUCUAUGGACAAAUGCCCAAUCAUGGAACUGUUCCCAUCUAUGCUCUCGUGUCACUCUGUCCAAAUCUAUCUUCUGUCCAGGAAGAAUCUUUAGCCAACAGUGUAGAAGAUGAAAACCUCGAUCCUUCCAUCAAUGAUAUCCAAAGCAGUAAAUACGACUUCAAAUCAAAUCCUUACAUACCCCUCCAGAAGCCCCAAUCCAUUGACAAUCUCAACUACUUCACAAGUCAAGAUGCAAUACCCAGCUACAAACUCAUGGAUAAGAAAAUGCUAGAGACCCCGUCUAAGACUCCAAAGAAACGCAAGAGAGAAAUUGCCCUCGUAAUUGCCCAGAGUGUUCACAACUCAUCCACAUUUGCUGUCCCGGAAAUCAUAAAUGGAGUGGUCGAGGAACCAUCCACGGCGGAAAAUCACUCGCAGCAUGUGCAAAAAACCCAAGAGUGGACUGUGUCAGUGAAUGUACCAGUCCACAAUUAUAAAGAUCAUCGAGAUGUGGACUACUAUCCGAAUUACCUCAAAAAUAGUGACUAUCACCAAAAAAUCAACAAUGAGAAAAUGAAGAAGAAAGAUCAGGAAGGGAAAUAUCCUCACUUCCUAGUCACCUAUUGGAUGUUCUACCCUUACAAUCAGGGCAAAACAAUUUGUUCUGUGAGCUUGGGACCCUUUGGACAUCUUCCAAUUCCCCUGUUCUUUGGUAUGUGCUUCGGAACUCGACGGGAUUUUGGCAGUCAUGUGGGCGAUUGGGAGCACAUGAGUCUCUACUUUCGUGGACGCCGAGAGCCCGAUGAAAUGUACGUUUCUGCUCAUGAUGCUGGAGCUUAUUAUGAGUACGACAGGCUCACGGGAACUUUUGAAUUUCGGCGUCAGGAGACACGCGUAGGCAUCCUACAGAAGCCAGUUUUUCCCCGAACAGUCGUCACAUCAGCCAAUCAUCCGGUACUUUUUGCCGCCAAAGGUUCCCACGGACUCUGGACAGCGCCCGGAAAACACAGAUUUAUACGUGUUCCACGUCUCUAUGAUGUCAAUGGCUUUGGUAUUCCCUGGUCUACAUGGCACAAUACCGAAAUCCUCUACGAAAAUGAUAUUUCCGCCCGAUCGGCUGUCUAUCAGCCCCACUGGAUCCAAUUCAAAGGACGCUGGGGCAAUCCCAAAAGCAAAUGCCAUCCACUGAGACGGAUUGGACUGAACUUUUGCGAGUACAGCGACGGACCAAUGGGUAUUAGACGAAAGCCACACUUCCUCUGUACAAAUUGAAGUGGUUUUGUGGUACUUAAGGAUAUUUAUUUGCUAUUUAUUGACCUCUUUUUUGGACGAUUUUCAAGAUGUGAAAUACAGGAAGCACUCAAAAACACUCCUAAAAUAAUCUAACAAAAAUACAGCUUCCUGUAUUUCAAUUUUCCAAAUCUCUUGUAAAUGUAUUAAAAUAUAAUUUGUUUUAUGCUCUUUUUUAUUGUAAAUAAAUAAGAAUAGGAUUCCUAAAUUA